AUGAAUACUACAUCUGCACUCUAAUAAACAAUUCAUAAUUAUUGUUUACAAUCAUAUUCUGCUGGGGAUUUUGCGAAAAACCAACAAGUCUUAGAACAUUUAAGAAAAUUCAUAUUGGAUUGGAAUAAUAUACAAUUGUUGAAAAAUAUUAUUGAGGUGGAUUGUAAAUAAGAGACAACUUUUGUGAUUUACACAUUACUUCAAAAAGCAAUUGGUGCAGGUUGUAAAUUUGUAAAUGUACUUCCGAAUCAAUAAAGAAAAACAUAAAGUUAUGAAGAAUAUGAAAGUAAUGAAAGAUAACAUUUUACUACAAUUGUGACAAACCACUUGGAAAUAGUGAUAAAUUAUUUUUCAAAAGGAUUGUAGCAUCAAAAUUAUGUUUAAAACACAGUAUUGUUUGCUCUAGCCUUUAUGUUGAGAAAAUAUUGGUCUGAAAUAAUUGCACCAGAGUAAUUGGUAGAAAGACUUAUUAACACAUUCUUUUAUACUCAAAAUGUUCAAAUUUUAUCUUUAGGAUGCAAAUUAUUUGAAAAUCUACUAAGCUGUGUUCGCCAAUAUUAUUAUGCAUCUGGAUAUCUAGAAUUUAGAAAAGUUAUGAUGGGGUUUCAAAGAUAGUCUUUAUCAAGAUUAUUAGAAUCGACUCAUAAACUUGUUUAAAUUUAAUUGAAAAUGGGAACGUUUUUAUAAAUAUAUCAGUUAGAUAAGUCCUAUGCUGAUUCAUUAUUAUUGUUGCUUAAUUCAUUCUUGACAUUUAAUUUUAAUCUGAGUUUUUAUGAAAUCGACGUUGAUCAUGAUUCUAAAGAAAACUUGAUUAUUAAUUUCCCUGAUUCAUACUUUAAUAUACUGAAUGAUGAAAAACUUAAUUAGGAGUAUUUCAGAGCGAUUAUUGAAUUCUAUCCAUUUGAUUAAGGCAUUUCAAUUAGAAUCCUAAAUAUUGUUUAAAGGAUAGCUUCUGCAAGAUUAACCUUAUUUUUUUCAAAACACAAUUUUAAAAAGAUUGUUAGAAAAACACUUUGGGAGGGCUUACUAUAUCUUUUAAAUAAUUACGAAUUAUACAUAAAUAACACCGAUUUUUCAAAUGAGGUUUGCUCUUAUGCUAUAAGAUUAGUUUCAAAUUUUACUUUAAAAAAAUUAAGAAAAUUUUAGGAUUUGUUUGAUCAAUGUGUUAAUUAGCUAAAUAAAAUGAAUCAUAUCAUUCUCAAUAAUCAAGGAAUAAAACUAUCUACAAACAGUGUUUUCAUCAAACUAUAGGAAGUUUGGCAUCAAUUUUUAUUUUAAAUUAACAUUUACAGUUCUCAAUAUUUACAACAGUUUAAAUUAUUGUAAAACUCUGUAAAUUUGAGUUUUAAGUUAUUAAUUCAUGCAUUUUAUAAUGGAAAUCCUUUUUCUGAAAUACCGCCCAAUUAUCCUAUUAAAAAAAUAAAAAAAUUUUUGGACAAAAGCUUCCACUUAUGCAUUUAGGUCUAUCAAUAGAAUACUGUUGAAUGUGUAAAUGUGAUUUCAGACUUAUUAAAAAAUCUACCCAUAAUUCAAGUUUCAACAUUGUAACCACAAGAACAAUUAAUAACACUAUAAAAAUUUAGUGCCUUAUUGUGUCUAAUAUCUGCUCUUGUGUUAAGUCCAGCCUAGGUUGAAAUACUAAGUGGAGUUGAUUCUCAAUUUUAAUAAGGCAAGUAGGAGGGUCAUCCUUAAACUCGUAUAUUGUUGUAAGCUAUCCUCGACUUGAUUGCAUUUACAAACAAAAUUCAUAUCCCUGCCGAUAAUUAUGUUUGCAAGUUAUAUCACACUAGUAUAUUAAUCUUUAUUUAAACCUACAUAUCAUAAACUAUAGAGAAUUUGUACUAUGAGGAAACAUAAAAGAUAGUGAUAUCUCAAUCAUAAUUAUCAAUGACUCUAGGAAAAGAUAAUAAAAUAUCAUGUAAUUAUUUGAUAGUUAUUGAAAGUUGCUUAGAAAAAUGCUUCUAAAUAUUUACAUUUCAUGAUCCAGAUUUAGUGGAAUAUAGCUUUAUUAUUUUAUAAUAUACAUAUGAAAAAUUAAAAAGAUAAUUAGAUAGAAGAUUCUUUCGAUAGAGUUCUAUCAGUAGUAUGUUGAAACAAUUCUUCUUAUAGAUGGAUUUAACAUGCUUUAAUGAAGUUCUAUAUAUAAAGAAAAGAAAACAAGUAUAUAAAUUGGUCUCUCUGGUUUGGGUUGACGACUAAUUGGAUGAUUAUGUACCUGCUUUGGUAGAUAUUUACUAAUAAAUAAAAAAAUCUAUUGCUAAUGAAACAAAUAAAAUAAAUAUGCUCAAAUAUUUGUGGGAUAUGAUCGGAGUAGUUGAUGAAUUAGAAGUGGAUAAUAUAUAUAGAGUAUUCUUAAGGAUUGUAUUUCCAGAUUUAUCAUCUCUAUUGUCUACUGAUAACACUCAAAUAUUUGUAUAAGACUAUGAUUCCUCUUUAGGAUUGACAGCUCUUUUGUGUGCAAUCUUUAAAAAUAAAAAUACACGAUUGUCAAAUGAAAACAUUCAAAUUCUGCUUUAUUAAAUCUAUGGCAAAGCUACAGCUUUCUUUAUCACCUCCAUUGAUUAUUUGAUAUUACAAGCUCAAACUAGUUUGUAAUAAGGCUAGCAAGUUAAGGAUCAAAUAUUGAAGAUGGCAGCUAAAUUGUUAAAAGUGAUGGGCUAGAUUUCAAGUUCUAAACAAAUUAAUUAAGGAUUUUUUGUCAUCUAUUAAGAUUCUUCAUACUUAAAUUUGUUCAAAAAAUAAUUGCAGUUAAUAACAGUCUAUAAACCUUUAUUUCUUAAUUUAAUAAAAUAUAAAAAGUAUUUGUUUGAAUGCUUGGAAGGGAUAUGUUCAGAGCAUAGUGAGACAUUAGCUUAUAGAUGUGGAUCAGAUGUUUAUUUAGAUUUAUUAAUGAUAUCAGAAGGUACUUUAAAAGAGAUUUUAAAUUUCAAAUAACUUAAAGGUGAAGACCAAAUAAAUGAGGAAGCACUUCAAAUAUCUUAAAUUGCUAGUAUUCUAUGCAAUGUGAUGUAAUUCUUAAUACAAGAAGGAGUCAUUGGGGAAUAAGUGGAUACUGAUAUGAUUUAGACGAAAACUUUAGAGAUAUACUCUACUGGCAAACAACUAUUAACUUCAAUUUUUUCAUUGGCCUUUACAAUAAUUGUUGCGUUUCCUAAAGUUUUAAAAUUUUCAACCCCUAAUAGUGAGAUUUUGUUUGCAAUUUCGUUAUUUAAUCCAACUGAAUUUCAACAAUUACUUGUUUAAUUGUUUUAAGAAUACAAAAAUAUUCUUAUAUUGCCAUAAUAAACUUUAGAGUUGAUUACUACAGGAUACCAAGUUUUAAAUAACUAUUUGAAUAGCACUACUAAGGAGUUGUUUACUAAAUAAAUAAAAUAAGCUUUAGAAUAGGUUUGUUCUUAAGAAGAAUUCUGAAUUAUUGUAUUUAUCAAUUAUAAUUAUAAUUGUUUA